AUGCAAGGGGUCUUGCCUUUAUCAUGGUCGGUAUUCAAUUUACUGAGUCACACAGCGAUAGAACAAAUUCCCAAACCAAUUGCAUUUUUAAACCCUAACCCUAGAAAUCAGACGCAGAAGGCGAAUCUUUUCAAGGGUAAAGCGAAGAAGAAAUCAAUUCCUCCCAAUCGUCAUGGGAAAGCCCCUGUUACUCGCAAAGGAAAGAGAUUCGUGAAGCCAUCGAAGGUCACAAAGGAUAUGGAUGCUGAUCGUGAGGUUAGCAAAUUCAUCAAUCAAUGCAAUGAGAUCAAAGCAGCGACUCUGGCAACGAAGGAUGGUGGCCAACUAGGUAUCAUCAAGACGUCGCCAUUAGAGCAGCAACCAAGUGGUAUUGUUCAAUGUAUUGAAUGA